AUGAACGGUGUUACGUCGGGCAAAGUUAUGAGAUACGGCCCCAACUUCACGUACGAUGAGUUCCUCCAGAUGCCGUCCAAGCUCUCGGCCUUCACACUGUCGGUGGGCAUGAUGGCCGUUGCUGUGUGCUUGGUUGCUUUGAAGCCCGUGAGUACGCUGGCUAUUCAAACGCCUGGUCAAUCAACCGGGCGAGGGACCCUCGGAAGAGACAAUGCAAAUGGGUUCAUUCGCGUCACGAACGUUACUACCGCUGUCCCUGCUCCCGCCAACCCCCCAUCGGCGUCGACAUCCACAACUAAUGGCGACAUCACGAGCGGAAGGGAACCGAAGGUUGUAAAAUCACAGUUCAUUACCAAUCACAGUUCAUUGGUCAAGGCUGCCCAUGGUACCUUCUCACCUCAAUAA